AGUACGGCCUGAAAACCAUGGGAGAAACACGGAGUAUAAGACCGUGACAUAUACUAAAAAAAAACAAAUGAAAAAGCCCCACACUUUACGUUUGAACUCGAAGACACCACUCUACUUAUGGAACCUCAAGAUUCUCAACUCCACCAAUGAUGGUCUCUUCUCUGAAACACUCUACCUCUAUUAUUCCAUGCAACAGAGUGGCGUUCAUGGCAAUGGCUUCACGUUUCCUUUCGUCCUAAAAGCCUGUUCUCAUAUCAACUCCAUACUCCACGGUACUAUGGUUCAUGCCCAUGUACUUCAGUUGGGGUUUCACCACCAUGUGUUUGUGCAGACAGCUCUUCUUGAUAUGUAUUCUAAAUGCUACGAUCUCCAGUCAUCAAGGAAAGUGUUCGAUAAAAUGCCUGUGAGAACUUCUGUUUCUUGGAACUCCAUCAUUUCUGCUUAUUGUCGUUGUUCUUUGGUUGAUGAGGCCACCUCUCUAUUACACGAAAUGCGGGUUCUUGAUUUCAGACCUACCUCCACUACUUUUCUUAGUUUUCUUGCCAUUUGCGAUCUUCAACAAGGCUUAUUAAUCAAAUGCUGCGCAUAUAAGUUUGGACUUUUAUCUAGUCGUGAAAUUUCUUUAACUAAUGCUUUCAUGAAGAUGUAUGUUAAGUAUGGUCAGGUUCAUGAAGCUCGCGCUAUUUUUGAUAUGAUGCAUGAGAAGUCAGUCAUUUCUUGGACGACAGUUAUCGACGGUUAUGUCGCUAUUGGCAAUGUCUCUGAAGCAUUCAGUUUGUUUAAUCGAAUGAGAACAAGCGUUAAACCAGAUUUUAUAGUCUUCAUGAGCCUUAUUUCAGGUUGUGCUCAAGAGCGGAAUUUGUUGUUUGCUUCAUCAAUUCAUUCUCUCAGCCUUAAAGGCGGAUUUGAUAAUGGGGAUCCGAUUGACAGCUUUCUUGUGAAAAUGUAUGCAAACUGUGGAGACCUUGUGUCAGCUCGAAGAGUAUUUGAUAUGACACGUGAAAAAAGUGUCUUCUUGUGGACCUCUAUGAUUAGAGGGUAUACUCACUUGGGUUAUCCUGUUGAAGCUUUGGAACUUUUUAAGGCGUUGUUAGAUAUGGCUAUUAAACCAGAUGAAGAAACCGUGGCUACUGUCCUUUUAGCUUGUGCUGAUUUGGGGUCACUCGAAAUGGGCGAAGGGAUUGAAAAGUACAUUUUGUCAAACGGGUUACACUCAAAUCUACAAGUCCAGACCUCUUUGAUACACAUGCUCUGUAGGUGUGGGAAUUUAGAGAAGGCAAAGGCAGUAUUUGACAGAAUAUCAACAAAAGAUUUAGCUGCUUGGAGUUCCAUGAUAAAUGGUUAUGCCAUCCAUGGUAUGGGCCAAGAAGCUCUCAGUCUCUUUCACAAAAUGCUAAAAACAGAACUGAUAAAGCCAGAUGAGGUUAUUUACACAAUAAUAUUACUGGCUUGCAGCCAUUCAGGAUUGGUUGAAGAUGGGUUGAAAAUUUUUCAAAGCAUGCAAAUAGAUUUUGGAAUUGAACCCAGUAUAGAACAUUAUACCUGCUUGGUAGAUCUUCUUGGUAGAGCUGGUCAACUUGAAUUGGCAUUGAAAACAAUCAAUGAGUUGCCUGUCAAAGUACAAGCGGAGGCAUGGGCUCCAUUUCUCAGUGCAUGCAGAAAAUACGGCAAGCUUGAGCUGGGAGAGUUUGCUGCUAGAAAGCUGUUUGAUUUGAAUCCUGGACGCGUUGGCAAUUAUAUUUUAAUGUCUAAUCUAUAUGCACAAGCAGGUAAAUGGAAGGAGGCUGCAGUGACGAGACGGUUGGUGGAUGAAAGAGGAUUGGUUAAAGAAUCAGGUUGGAGCUACAUAGAGAUCAAUGCUUCUGUCCAUGUUUUCCUUGCUGGAGAUCGAUCACACUAUAAGUCAGGUGAAAUCUAUAACAAAUUGGAGGAACUAAAUGGUAAACUUUUAGAAGCUGGUUAUAUUCCAGAAACAGAUGAUGCGAUUGCAUGACUUGGAAAAGUAGGAGAAGGAGGAAGCAUUAAAAGUACAUAGUGAGAGACUGGCUAUAGCAUUUGGUCUCAUCAGCACUGAGGCAGGUACAACUCUGAGGAUUAUAAAAAACCUACGAACUUGUGAUGAUUGUCAUUCUGCCUUGAAAUGUAUCUCGAAAGUUACAGGAACGCAUAUUAUUGUGAGAGAUGGUCACCGCUUCCACCAUUUUGAAUCUGGUUCCUGUUCAUGUAAGGAUUUCGGGUGAUUUUUACUCCCUUCUGCCAAUUGUUACCUUCUGGCCGAAAUGAUCUCAAUAUCAAUCGAGGACUUCAACUAUGAAGAGAUGUCAAGCGUUUGUUGGAAUUUCACUUUGGCUGAGAAGGAUGAUUCUUUUGCUUAUUAAGAAUAAACUAUUUUUCUAUAUUGCUGAGGUCUUGAUGCUGCAUUCCUAGUUUCUUUCAGGUAGGCAGUAGCCACUAAGCAUACGGAGCAAGAUGGCCAGUGUAUAUUGAGUUUCACAGGUGGAUGCCUACUAACUUCAAAUCAAGACAAAAUAACAUUUGGCCG